AAAGAGUUAGUUCGGUCCACGUGUUGAAGCAGCGAAAAUCAGUGUUCCAAAACACAUGACAGUGGAUAACAAGCAAAGGGUGGUUUCUCUAUUUUCCUCAAACAAACAAAAACAUUGAAUCUUAAUUCUUAACAUAGGAAAAAAAGGAUAACAGUGAAGAAAAGUGAGAGACAAUGGCGGUUGCAGCAAGUGCAGGCACAGUGUUAGUUCCUCAUCGGCUAUUGACAACCACCAACGUUACUCGCUGCUCUGCUUUGCCUUAUCUUCCUCCUCGUCUUUCUUCUUCCCCUUUCCUUAAACAACAACUUUCAGAAUCCCGUAAGUUUUCUCUGCAUCAGACUAGAGCUUCUUCUUCAGAAGAAACAUCUACUUCUCUCGAUACCAAUGAGUUGUUCACAGAUUUGAAGGAAAAGUGGGAUGCGCUUGAAAACAAGUCCACAGUGCUUCUAUAUGGUGGUGGAGGUUUAGUUGCUGUUUGGUUAUCUUCAAUUCUCGUUGGUGCCAUCAACUCAGUCCCCUUGCUUCCAAAGAUUAUGGAGUUGGUAGGACUAGGGUACACCGGAUGGUUUGUGUACCGAUACCUUCUGUUUAAGUCUAGCAGAAAGGAACUAGCUACGGAUAUUGAUGCACUGAAGAAGAAAAUUGCCGGAACUGAAUAGAACUGUAUUAGUAGCAAGCCAAGUUGAUCUUCCUUGCUCAUCAUUUGUUUGUUUUGCUGUAUGUCUUGUUAUAUGAGAGGCAUUUGUAUCCCUUUGAUAUAGAAUAGAAUUCCUCGGUCUCUAUAAAUAUCAACCUUGUAUUAAUCAAUUUCAUUGUUCAAAUAAUGCAGCAAAUCUUAUAUAUAUGUUUGUGAUUCUGAAUGUAAACCAUUCAUAUUUUUA